GUAUGUUAGGUCCGGGCUCCUGGGGUUACAACUACACAGAUUGAGAAAGGAUAACUUAAUGAAUAAGAACUUGGAUAACAAUGAUUUAUCUCUCAAUUAUAAAGUAUCAUACACGUCUGAUAUAUCCAAACAUUUUGAAUAUUGUUUAUUGUUAAUUACCAAAACAAGAGAGGCGUGAUUAAUGGGAUAUUUGUAGAGAUUUCAAGUCACAAUUUGAUAUUUAAGAAUCAAGAAUUUUGAUUAAUGGAAUCAAUAACUAUUUUAUGAGAUAAAAUAGAGUUCGAUGCUUUGGAUAAACUGAAGAUUAUAAGAAGCAGCGUUACAAACAGCAACCUUUGUGAACAGUCUGAUAUAUCUGUAAACGGAGAAAUGUAAAGAUUGGUGGAAUGUCGUCCCUGAGAGAGAAGCUGAGAGAGGAGGGCAGUAUCGCUCCAAUUGAGUCAAUCAAACCAAUGAGGCAUUAUGAGAGAGUGGUUCUAAGUCGUCCUAUAAAGACUCCACAUAUUGAUGACGUCCCAUCUUCAGUGGACCCUCUGGAUAAAGCCCUAACUAUCGAACUACGGGCGCAACAAGUUUUUAAAAUAGGAACGAAAGGUCCAAAUGAAGCAAAACUGAUGCUUCCGGCUGAUGUUGUGUUUAAAGAUAAUGGGCACAUAAUCGUCGCAGAUAAAUGCGGACUGAGUAUUUUUGACGAGGCUGGUGAGUUGGUGAAACUGUGUAAACGGCUAAAGAGUAUCAAACGAGUGUGUUUGACAAAGGACAACAAAAUGGCUGUCACGGCAUAUGAGGAUCCCGCGAUUAAGAUUUUGACAAUGGAAGGGAGAAUGAUUACACAGUUUGGCGAAGAAGACCUUGUUGAGCCCGUCGCCCUUGGUACAAACUCUAAGAACGAAUUCAUCAUAACUGAUAAAGUGAAGCACAAGAUAAGCAUUCAUGACUCAGAAGGAGCUUUGGUAAAACAGGUUACAUCGUUGGACACCGUUCAACAGCGUGAUUUAUCAUAUUACCUUGCGAUUGACCGAAACGAUAGAAUCAUUCUCUCUGACUGUAAAAACCAUUGCGUGAAAAUAUUCAACUCGAAUGGUGACUUCAUGAAAAAGUUUGGUUGCUAUGGACGUACCAAGGGUCAGUUGAGGAAUCCACAUGGAGUCUGUGUAGACCCACACGGUAAUAUCAUAGUGGCUGAUGGGGGGAACCACAGAGUGUGUAAAUUCACUAGCGAUGGACAGUUCAUCUCGCAUGUAUUGCUACACGAAGAUCUCAUGGGGGAACCACGGAGCAUCGCCGCGGAUGGAACAGGAAGACUCGCAGUGACAUCUUAUGGAAUGGCCAGCCCUCCUUCCAUCCAGAUGUACCAAAUAUAUAAAUAAAAGUGAAUGUCUAGGAGAAACAUUAUGGAGGCCAGUCUUAAUUUUUUAAACCUGAUAUAUUAAAGAUAUAUUUCCAAACAUUUUGGGAGAGUGUACAUGUAUAUUAUGAUACAUUCUAAACAUUUUUAUCUUUCAUUUCAUUGGGUUAGA